GCUGCAGGGAACGUACACCCCAGCUCGAGAGAGAGAGAGAAAGAGAGACCCGAGCAUUUUGGACAGGUUGAGAUUCAAGAUUAAGUUGUAGAAUGUUGUGUGAGAAGAUACAGGGGACUUUCGGACCUUAGGAAGAGAGCAUUUUGAGAGCAAGGGAGAGGUUCAGAGACUAGGAAGAUCUAUUUGUGAACUAAAAACGCAGUGGAGAAGAGUUGAGAUUAGGGGACGAUUCUCGGUUCUUCAGGAAGUUAGAUCUUUGCCAUGGACGUCAAUGAUAUAGAUGAAAAUGAGUAUGGAUUCUCAAGAAAUUACUUUCUGGCCAAAGAAUUGCGUGGCUCAUGCAAAAAAUCAGCCCAUAAGCUCUCUGAUAUUGAUAUUGUUGAUGAACAGGAACUUAGAGUUGCUGCAUCUAACAUUGAACCCAAGCAUGAGAAGGAGAUUGCAGCCCUGGUGAAUGAUUACAAGAGUUUGUAUCCUAAGUGGCUUUUUGAGCUAAGGUGUGGCUUUGGCCUCCUAAUGUAUGGAUUUGGAUCUAAGAAGGCUUUAAUUGAAGAUUUUGCUUCAACAGCUUUGGCCGAGUAUUCUGUAGUUGUAAUCAAUGGCUUUCUUCAGUCCAUAAAUAUAAAACAGGUUUUCACAGCCAUAGCUGAAGUUCUUUGGGAUCAAUUAAAAUCCAAACGGAAGACUUCUCUGGGGAGCAUGUCAAAAGUUCAACAGACAUUUGAUUCUCGAUCUGUAGAUGAUCUUCUCACAUUUUUGAAUGGGCCACAGACAGAUGAUGGAGAUUGUUUUGUAUGUGUUGUUAUCCAUAACAUUGAUGGGCCUGGUUUAAGAGAUUCUGAAACACAACAAUAUCUUGCACGCCUUGCCUCUUGCUCCCAUAUUUGUAUUAUUGCCUCGAUUGACCAUGUUAAUGCACCUCUUUUGUGGGACAAGAAGAUGGUUCACACACAGUUUAACUGGUGCUGGUAUCACGUUCCAACCUUUGCACCAUACAAGAUAGAAGGAAUCUUCUUACCUUUGAUUUUGGCACAAGGCAGCACUGUCCAAAGUGCCAAAACUGCUGCAAUAGUUUUACAGAGUUUAACAUCAAAUGCUCAGAAUGUGUUCAAAAUUCUUGCAGAAUAUCAGCUUUCCCAUUCUGAAGAAGAUGGGAUGCCGAUUGAUAGUCUGUAUGAAAUCUCUCGAGAACGCUUCUUAGUGAGCAGCCGGGUUACACUGAAUUCUCAUUUGACAGAAUUCAAAGAUCAUGAGUUGGUCAAGACUAGAAGGAAUUCUGAUGGUCAAGAUUGCUUGUACAUCCCUCUUGCAACUGAAGCUCUAAGAAAAUUAUUACCGGAAAUCGGUCAAUAGUAUUGGCUCAUUCCUUGCAACUUUGGUUUCAUGUUUGAUAACAUUUCUCGAACUCUUUAACAUUUGACCUCUAAUUGUGAUCAGAAUCAGUGACCAAUAUCGUUAAAGAAUGCAUGCCAACCGCCGUGCUAAAGCUAUGCGUUGCUGGUGGGAUUGCAAUAUCUUGCAAGGUAAUCUUUCCUGGUAGUAGAUUGUAUAUUUUGCGCCAUUUGCAUGAUGUGAAGUGUGUGGCAGCUGCUCUCUUAGCCUGGUUUUCGGGUCAAGCUUUUGCUUGUUCCGGUGAAUGUUGUUCCCUUGACAGUGUAGUCAGAAUGUUCAUGUCUUGCAAUUGGUUCUCUAAAAUUAAGUUGUUCUACUAAAUGUAAAUAUUAGUGCUAAACUGGUAGAUUCAUUUGUUAUUUUUCUUCAAGGGAUCUGUUUGCUGUUUGUUCUUAUUAAAGCAUUGACUUUUCACAGGCCAAAACAAUUGUGAUAACAAUGUUAGUGAGAUAGUGGGUUUGGUUGUUUAAUCUUUUA